AUGUCUAUGAUCACGACGGCAACAUGGGCACCGCGAGGGUUCGCGGCGCCUUUCCCACAAAAGUAUGACUUCGACGAGGAAGAGUUCGAGCGCAUCGCCUCGCUGGCCAAGCUCAACUUGGAUGAUGCGAACGACGACCUCGAAGAGGCAAAAGCAAAGGAAGGAAAGGACAGCUCGGACACAGAGGACUCAAAGAAGCCCUCUGACGAAAUCAAGGAUGACAUUGAGAUCGACGACGACCUGAAAGAAUAUGACCUAGAGCAUUACGAUGACGACCCAGAGGAGGACAUAGAAGUCGCACAGAGCAUGGGCAUGUUUGGCAACGUCAAAUCACUCGCAUACUACGAAAACAACAAGGCGGACCCGUACAUCACGAUACCCGACGAGGUGGACGACAACGAGGAGCGGGAAGAGCUACAGAUUCUUGCGACAGACAACCUGGUGCUCGCAGCGAAAGUCGAGGACGAGCUGGCACAUUUGGAGGUCUACGUAUACGAAGAUGAUUCCGACAACCUCUAUGUACACCACGACAUCAUGCUCCCCGCCAUACCUCUGUGUGUUGAGUGGCUAGACAUUGCUUGCGGAAAGUCGAGCCUCGACAAGGACGCAACGGCCAACUUUGUCGCCGUUGGUACCAUGGACCCCGAUAUCGAGCUCUGGGAUCUUGACACAGUGGACUGCAUGUACCCAAAUGCUAUCCUGGGACAAGGAGGUAACCCGGAGGACGAGAAAAAGAAGAAGAAAAAGAAGAAGUCGAAGAAGGCCAACGACGAGUACCAUGUCGACGCAGUGCUGUCGCUUGCAGCGAACAGGAAACACAGAAAUCUCCUUGCCUCCGCUUCCGCCGACAAGACCGUCAAGCUGUGGGAUCUGCACACGGCAAAGUGCGCCAAGUCUUACACCUACCACACCGACAAGGUCUGCUCCCUCGCAUGGCAUUCCGUAGAGUCCACGGUUCUCCUGAGUGGUAGCUACGACCGCACCGUCGUCGCGGCGGACAUGCGGGCGCCGGAUGCGAAGCCGUCCAGGUGGGGUGUUGAGAGCGACGUCGAGAACGUGCGGUGGGACCCGCACGACCCCAACUUCUUCUUCGUCUCUACCGAGAAUGGCGUUGUCCACUACUACGACGUCAGGAACCCGCCAUCAGACCCGGUCAAGAGCAAAGCAGUAUGGACGCUGCAGGCACACGACCAGUCUGUUUCGUCAUUCGACCUCAACAGCGCAAUACCGGGUUUCAUGGUGACGGGGUCUACAGAUAAGACGGUCAAGCUCUGGAAUAUCACAUCCUCGGGGCCUUCGCUGGUGGUGUCUCGUGACCUUGACGUUGGAAAGGUCUUCUCCACGACAUUUGGGCCCGAUCCAGAGGUUGCUUUCCGAUUAGCAGUGGCUGGAAGUAAAGGCACAAUGCACAUCUGGGACACCAGCACGAAUGUAACGGUCCGUCGUGCAUUUGCUAGCAAACUCCCUGAUGUCAAGCCGGACGAAGAGAUCAAGGAGAGGCUUGUUGGUGUUGCUAAUGAUGAGAGCGACUCUGAUGAUGAUGACGAGGAGGAAGAGGAGGGCGAGGGUGAGGGAGACGGGGACGAAUCCAUGGAUGAAGAAUAG